AUGCCUGUUUGCCUAGCACAGGGGGCGAGAGUCAUCCGUCAUAGCAAACAAAGAACUAUGUCGAAUAUAGAUUAUUUUGAUGAUGUCGAUUCUGUGCAAGUAGAGUUUCUGGUCGAGCAGUGUAAGAAGUUGCAUUACUUGGCCGUACAUCGUGAGGAGCAGAGGAGGCUGGUCCAAGAGCAGCUGGACGAACAUAUGGAGGGAACUGAUACGAAGGAUUUCCCAGAGGUUUCCGACCGGUCUAUGGUAGAGGACAGCACGACUAAGCACGACUGCAUACGGGCUACUAUACUACGGCAAGAGUUGAAAAUUCAGGAAACUGUGAUCGAGCAACUUCGGAAAGAUCUCAUUGAUGCGAAGGCGACUAUAGUAAAGCUGGAGGUUCGCUUAGUGGAUGCGGCGACUGAGGAGGAGGAGCAAGCAGAGGUACCAUUAGUAGGCUGCAGAAGCGAUGUGGAGUCGGUGGAUUCUAGUAGUGAGUGUCAGCAGCAAGGGCAGCAGCAGGAACAGCCUCGGGUCAAGUUGACUAUAUCCUAA